UUACAAAAAGAAAACAAAAAUGUCUCCAGAAAUUUGCGAUUCCCUCUAAUUAGGAUAAAAUUCAAGUUCACUUUUGGCGCAAAAUCCCAGAUAUUUUGUUAGCCGGCGAGUUCGUAAACUUCCCAAGUUUCUCUGAAUCAGUCGUCUUCUUCAUAUACAUCUCGCGAAUUGUGAUACAGAUUGUUUGAUUCCUUCUUUAAUUCGUGCAGCAGCUAGGGACUUCUUCUCCGAUAAUCUCUUCAGUUUCCGGGAAAAAAGUCCGAUCAGAAGCAACAGAUCUAAUAAACUCUAAAUUCUGUGCUAGAGAGAGAUGAAGUUCAAGGCGUUUCUCACUGAGAACGGAGUGAAUCUCUUAGAGAGAAGGUUCCUUCCCGCGUUUGACAAAAUGGGCAAGACCUGUUACCUCUUCCUCACCAAAGACCACUUGUUCUUCCUCCACAACCUUCUCAACGGCGACGGAGUCCAAUGCAUUGCUCAGUUCCGCAUCGACGUCCUCUUCGACGACUACCGUAUCUCCAGCCAGAACGACGACCGUAUCGCCUUCUCCCUGGACGUUUCUCUUCUCUACCGUGCUGUCAAGAGCAGUGUCAGCAUUUGCACUGAGUUCAGCGGCGGGUUGGCUUCCAAUAGGCUUCAGAUCAAGCUUGUGAAGAAGCUGCCUCUUAACUGUACGCAACCAAUGCCCUUCUUGACGUUUGAGACUAAAGGGUAUAAAUCUGCUGUCAUUCAAGAUGUUCCCAUCUCCAAACCGCUGUCUCGAUCUCAAGUUGUGGAGCUUCAGACAGCUCUUGACUCUGCUCAAGACCUGCCUCCCACUCUCGUUCAGGUCCAGGACCCGAAUCAGUUACAGAACUUUGUGGACCGUAUGAAACAUGUGGGCGAUGUGCUUAAUGUUACGAUAAGCAAGCAUGGUGAUCUUCAGGUGCAGACCUCCACGACAUUGAUAAGGCUUGGCUCUGAGUUUCAGAGGCUUUCGGUUGUUGGAGAGAAGUCUCAGGCUCCUGCUGAGGAUAGGAACUUGAGCGCUCAGACACGGUCAGAGAGAGCGAUUGCAAGAGGAGAUGCCCAGUCUGUGCAGGUGAGUGUUAAGCACUUCUUAAAGAGCCUUCAGUGUCACUUAACCAAACCAGACUCGGCUUUCUAUGGAAUUGCUCCUCAAGGUGCUUGCUUGACUGUCAUCUUCCAGUUCUUGGUUCCAGGGACUCGCCAAACCGACAAGUCUAUCACUUUGCAUUGCAGGCUUCCUGUCUUGGAUACAGGCUCCAACUAAAUCUUAAUGAGUGUUAGUAGUUUGCUUUUAUCAAAAAGACUUUCCGUUAAGACCAUAUAUGUACUACAUUACACUCCCCUACAAGCUCUCAAGCAUCAACAAUUGAACAAAAAGAAAAAGAAAAACCAAAAUCAUAUUCUUACAAAAGAAACAAAGAAUGUGUGAAACCGAACAACAGACACUUUUGUUUUUUUUAUCUACUCUUGUUCUUGUUUU